CUGCGCGAGCCGGGCCAGUCAAUCAGCCGCCGAGCUGAGAAGGGCACAACCGUGCGGCCGAGGGCAGUGAGCUGAGCCGAGCUGGGUGAGCGGAGCAGCGCCGGGUAGCCGGAGCCCCGCGCCAGCGAUCACCCGCCGACGCCGCCCACACUCUGCUCUCCUGCGACGCCUGCCACCUUCCCUUCCUUCCCUGAGCCCCUCUACCCCUAGCCAUCCGGCCCGGGAUCGCUAGCCUUCGGAGCCCCGAGGUCACCGAUCCUCGCCCUAGUUCCCUUGGGUCCCGUGCCCAUUCCACGCCUUUUUUCCGUGUACCCCACCCCGGCCGGGCGCCUGGCAUCGCGGACCGUUGCCUGACGCGAGGCCCAGCUCCACUUUUCGCCCGCGUCUCCUCCUCUUGCCCUCCUCCUCCUUUGCUACCAACUCCAACUCCUCGGGUCUCGCUCCACUCGGGAGUCCUUUGACUCUGCGCCUCUCCUCCCGCUCCGCAGCACCGCUUCCCAUCCGGUCUCAUUCUGUCCCCCAAAGGUGGGAGCGCGUCCGCCCGGGUCCGCACCAUGGCACGGUUAGGCUUACUCGCGCUUCUCUGCACCCUGGCCGCGCUCAGUGCCUCGCUGCUGGCUGCGGAGCUCAAGUCGAAAAGUUGCUCGGAAGUGAGACGUCUCUACGUGUCCAAAGGCUUCAACAAGAACGAUGCCCCCCUCUAUGAGAUCAACGGUGACCAUUUGAAGAUCUGUCCCCAGGGUUAUACCUGCUGUUCUCAAGAGAUGGAAGAGAAGUACAGUCUGCAAAGUAAAGAUGAUUUCAAAAGUGUGGUCAGUGAACAAUGCAAUCAUUUGCAAGCCAUCUUUGCAUCUCGUUACAAGAAGUUUGAUGAAUUCUUCAAAGAACUACUUGAGAAUGCAGAGAAAUCCCUGAAUGAUAUGUUUGUGAAGACAUAUGGCCACUUGUACAUGCAAAAUUCAGAGCUAUUUAAAGAUCUCUUCGUGGAAUUGAAGCGCUACUAUGUGGUGGGAAAUGUGAACCUGGAGGAAAUGCUAAAUGACUUCUGGGCUCGCCUUCUGGAGCGCAUGUUCCGCCUUGUGAACUCUCAGUACCAUUUUACAGAUGAGUACCUGGAAUGUGUGAGCAAAUAUACAGAGCAGCUGAAGCCCUUUGGAGAUGUCCCUCGGAAACUGAAGCUCCAGGUUACGCGUGCCUUUGUUGCAGCCCGGACUUUUGCUCAAGGUCUAGCAGUUGCACGGGAUGUAGUGAGCAAAGUCUCUGUGGUGAACCCCACAGCCCAGUGCACACAAGCACUGCUGAAGAUGACCUACUGCUCCCACUGCCGGGGCCUGGUGACUGCGAAGCCCUGUUACAACUACUGCUCAAACAUCAUGAGAGGCUGCUUGGCCAACCAAGGAGACCUUGAUUUUGAGUGGAACAAUUUCAUAGAUGCCAUGCUGAUGGUGGCAGAGAGGCUGGAGGGCCCUUUCAACAUUGAGUCGGUUAUGGAUCCCAUCGAUGUGAAGAUUUCUGAUGCUAUCAUGAACAUGCAGGACAAUAGUGUGCAAGUGUCUCAGAAGGUUUUCCAAGGCUGUGGGCCUCCCAAGCCUCUUCCAGCUGGACGAAUUUCUCGUUCCAUCUCUGAAAGCGCCUUCAGUGCUCGAUUCAGACCUUAUCAUCCAGAGCAACGCCCAACCACAGCAGCUGGCACUAGUUUGGACCGACUGGUUACUGAUGUGAAGGAGAAACUGAAGCAAGCUAAGAAAUUCUGGUCCUCUCUCCCAAGCACAGUUUGCAAUGAUGAGAGGAUGGCAGCAGGAAAUGGCAAUGAGGAUGACUGCUGGAAUGGCAAGGGCAAAAGCAGGUACUUGUUUGCAGUGACAGGAAAUGGAUUAGCCAACCAAGGCAACAACCCAGAAGUCCAGGUUGACACGAGCAAACCAGACAUACUGAUCCUUCGUCAAAUCAUGGCCCUUCGGGUUAUGACCAGUAAAAUGAAGAACGCUUACAAUGGAAAUGACGUGGACUUCUUUGAUAUCAGUGAUGAAAGUAGUGGAGAAGGCAGUGGCAGUGGAUGCGAAUAUCAGCAGUGCCCUUCUGAGUUCGAGUACAAUGCCACUGAGCAUUCUGGGAAGAGUGCCAACGACAAGGCCGACAGUGCUGGUACCCACGCAGAGGCAGAGCCCUACCUCCUCACUGUGCUCUGCCUCCUCUUCUUCGUGGUGCAGAGAGAGUGGAGAUAAUUGUCAAACUCUGAGUAAAGUGUUCAUCAUCAGAAACUUAAAAGGCACCAGUUCUCACUUGUUUUUUGUUUUUUGUUUGUUUUUUUUUUUUUUUUUACCAUCGUAGUGACUUUGCUUUUUGAAAUGAAUGGACAACAAUGUACAGUUUUUACAAUGUGGCCACUGGUUUAAGCAAUGUUGACUUUGUUUUUCUCAUUCAGUUUGAGGGGACAGCGGGGAUCCCUACAUUUGCUCCUUCAGAAUCGUGUUAAAUGUGGCUAACAGCGUAGGUACAGAACUGUAGGUAGUUGUGCGUUGUGAUCUUAUCACUCUUGUUUUCUCUCAUUUUAUUUGUGGUUUUUUUUUUUCUUUUUGGAGUAUGAUCUCACCUUGUUUCCUCACAAGAAAACCAGGGUCCUUUCUUGGCAUGUAACAUGUACGUAUUUCUGAAAUAUUAAAUAGCUGUACAGAAGCAGGUUUAUUUAUCAUGUUAUCUUAUUAAAAGAAAAAGCCCAACAAGCUGUAAGAUUUCCAGUUAUCCCUGUUAUUUGAGCUGCCUUAUCUGGAGAGAAGUGGAGGCGACUGGGUUUUUUUUUUCCUUUCUUGCGUUUGUUUGUAUUCCAUUAGGGCAGCGUGUGAAGGCAAAAGCAGUUUUCAGAUUGUAUUGAAACACCAGCCCAAGAAGAGCAUUAGACUUCACUCAGAGUUGGGCACUGGAAGAGACUGCAGACCACCCAUUUGGAUUAAGUGGAUGGAAUCACUCAUAGCUCAAUUUCUUGAACUUAAAUGUGUACCCUAUCUAGGAAAAUAAAGAUUCUUGAUGUAGUCACCCUUGAAAGAUGAAAGGCACUCAGGAUGCCCCUCAUCUCAUGGACACACUUGGACUUGGGGGUGUGUAUCAAAAACCAGGCAAGUUAGGAAAUCACAGUGUACCAGUUUCUGUAUCCAUGCUGACACUCUUUCAGUGUUUUAUCCGAUGGCAGUAGCAGGUGACCAACAAUCUCAUUUGUCCCCCUGUGUCGGAGUGAUCCGGAUUUCUGACCCACUGACCACUCUGGGAGCUGCCUGGAAGCUAGCCAGAACUGGGAUAGAGCCUGGGCUCAGGGAGUAGUUAUUAACACUCACUUAAGCAGAGUUUUCGUCUGUGUGUAUAUAUUUGCAUUAUAUUUUCAGAUUCCAGUUUUUAAAAGAGAGUGUAAGCUUAUCUCUAAUUUGUUUUUUUUUUCUUGCCGCUCACUUUUCAUCAGUUAAAUAAAUGAAGGACCCAGACUGGUUUACAGCCAUUUGCUCUCCAUCCUGCCCAAGGAGCCCACUGACAGGAGAGCUAGGUGUCUAGAUUUUUAUAGGCUAUCUUUUGUGGGAGGAAUGGGGGAAGUAGAGGUAGGAGACCACAUCAACUUGGUGACGCUUAGCCACACGGGUGAUCUGGCAACAGCCCUAACUUGUCCCAGGCAAAGACUGGCCACUGCCUUGCCCCCUUGGAGCCCCUUUUUUUGUAUCCAAAUGACCAGUCAGAAAACCUGGAGAAUGUAGUAGAUCAUUUCAAAAUGAGUUCUCAAAAGUCUUUAGAAAGGACUACCACCGUGAAAGUCUCUUCCUGUUCUAAAAGUCAUUAAGAUCCCAGAAUUCUACAGAAUCAGAAGCCCAUAGACAGGUUCUUUCAUGUUAUUAUUCAACCUUAAGUUGUAAGAGGAAAGCUCUAUUUUUAUAUUGAAACAUAAUUACUUGAUAGCUCAGGGUCUACAUUUCAUUCAGCUUCUUACACCAAACUCUGUAGAAUGGUCAAAAUGAAAUAUUGGGGUCUGUUGUAAACAGAGGCUUAAUUUUAUUAGAAGUAGCCAGUUAUUUAUAAAAGCACGAUGUUAAUAAAAUAGGCAUAUUCUGGCUGGUGUGUAUAAGUGUUUUGGUUUUUUUUUUUAAGAAAAUCACAGGAAACAUAGCUUCAUUUAUAUACAAGGAAAAUUAGAUUGUAAAUAGCUGGGCUGCCUUGUGAGAACUUGGAAAAUGUGCUGAUAGUAAGUACCUCAGUUGUGAGGAAUUUCCUUUUUAGCUUAGACUGCUAUUCCUUUUACUUGGUAGAAAUGAAUCUGGUCUCCAAAAUAUGGCUCAAAAAGUUAUCCCUGUAGACCUUGUUAGAUUGUUUUUAAUUUAAAACCUUGAACUCUGCCCAGCUGUUUUCUUUCAGUCAAGUCCUCCAAACCAAUAACAUUUUCCAAAUUAAAUAUUCUUAAAGGUUUUUCUGGA